UAAGGCUGAACACCAAAGACCAUCAGGGUUGUUACAACCUUUGGAGAUACUGAAAUGGAAGUGGGAUCACAUCUCUAUGGAUUUUGUGAAUCUAAAGGGAAUAAUGCAGUGUGGGUAAUUGUUGAUAGACUCACUAAAUCAGCUCAUUUUUUACCUAUCAAGUUGACUACUCUGCUUGAUAAACUAGCACAAUUGUACACGAAUGAAAUUGUCUGAUUGCAUGGAGUUUCAGUGAGUAUUGUGUCAGAUAGAGAUUCUAGAUUUGUCUCUAAGUUUUGGGUAAGCUUACAGCGAGCUAUGGGGAUAAAUUUAAAAUUGAGUACAGCCUUUCACCUUCAGACAGAUGGGCAAACAGAGAGAACAAAUCAGAUUUUAGAAGAUAUGCUUCGAGCAUGUGUGAUUGAUUUAAAAGGUAGUUGGGAUGAUUACUUACCUUUAGCAGAGUUCACAUAUAAUAACAGUUACCAAUCUAGCAUUGGGAUGGCUCCUUUUGAGGCCUUGUAUGGUAGAAAGUGUAGAUCCCCUUUAUGUUGGGAUGAUGUUGGGGAAAGAAAACUUCUAGGACCAGAAAUGGUGCAACUGAUUGUAGAAAAGAUUAAGGUGAUUAAGGAGAGUCUUAAAGCAGCACAAGAUGAUCAAAAGAGUUGGGUAGAUAAAAAGAUAAGGGAGUUGGAAUUUCAACAAGGGGAUUUUGUUUUUUUAAAGGUGUCACCCACAAAAGGUGUUAUGCGGUUUGGGAAGCGAGGAAAGCUAAGCCCACGUUAUAUAGGUCCAUUUGAAAUUCUUGAUAAGGUGGAAAAAGUUACAUAUAGGAUAGCCUUACCACCUCAGCUAUCUGGUGUGCACAAUGUUUUUCAUGUGUCCAUGUUGAGAAAGUAUGUCUCUGACCCAAGUCACGUGGUAGAGUAUGAACCUUUAGAAGUUCAAGAAGAUUUAACAUACUUGGAAUAUCCUAUUCAAAUAAUUGAUCGAAAAGAGCAAGUCUUAAGGCAUAGAACUAUUACCUUUAUAAAAGUCUAAUAGAGCAAUCGUACACAAAGAGAAGCAACUUGGGAAAUAGAAGAUGAUAUGAAGAAACAACAUCUUCAAUUAUUCAAAAAUGAAGGGACGUCAAGCAUUAAAGGUGGGGAGAUUGUAAUGCCCCCAAUCCUACAUCAGGAUGAUGUGUGGAUAAGGAAUGAUAUAUAUUUUGUGGAGACCCGCACCCAACCUGUGAGGACCAAGAUCACACCAGACCAUCAUGUAGCACUUAAUGACUCUCACGACUGCGGACUGGUGAUUGCUCUGAUACCAUUUGUGGAGACCCGUACCCAAGCUGCGAGAUUGGUGACCGCUCUGAUACCAUUUGUGGAGACCCGCACCCAACCUGCGAGGUCUAUCGUAAUGAUAAAUGGCUCAUCUCGCUGUGACCUUCUCUUGAAUUCUCAAAACUUCUAUCACUCGAUCCCCGUAGGGACAGAGAACCCCUUGCCAUCUCGAUUAUGCUACCAGAGGCUCUGGGGAAGUCGAAAUAGGAGAGCACUUAUCUUGGGGUGGGAUUCGCGGGUUCACCAAUCAUUGAAGGUUCUAGAACCGCUAAGCCUACGGUAA